AGAUCUUUUCAUAUAAAUAGCAGUAAAUAGCAUUACCUUCAUUCUCCAACCAAAUCACAAAGGAAAAAGGUGCCUGAUCACUGAAGAUCAUCAGAAUGUUCAUACGGGUAGUUGUCCUGGCGCUGGUUCUAUGCGCUAUUAAAGAAUCGCGAGCCGAGGUCAACAGUGAACAAGUAGCUAAUGCAUUCUGGGAAUACGUUUCCACACUGAGCAGCAACACUAAGAAUGCCAUCGACCAGAUUCAGCAAUCAGAGAUCAGCCAACAGCUCAAUUCUCUGAUCCAGGACAAUCUAAAGACAGUAAAUCUUUAUGCUGGAGAAAUGCCAGACCAACUCAUCCCUCUAGCCAAACAGAUCCACGAUCAACUGACUCAGAAUUCAGAAAAACUUCGGGAACAGAUUAGACAGGAACUCGAGCAAUUAAAGAGCAGGUUCUCCCCAUAUUCAGAUGAGCUGCAUAAACAAAUGAGCAAAAAUUUAGAACAGUUGCAACUAAAGCUUACUCCAUAUGCUGAGGAACUUCAGACACAGAUUGAGAAGAAUACCCAGGUGGUCAGUGAGAAGCUGAAGUUGGUGGCCAAGGAAAUAGAUACUAAGAUUAGAGAAAAUGCAGACAAUAUGCAGGAGUCUUUGUCCCCAUAUGCUCAAAAACUCCAGGACAAAAUCGAUGAAAGUGUAGAGCAACUUCGGGAACAAGUGAUUCCAUACACUGCGGAGUUACGAGACAAGAUAAGGCAGCAAUCAGUGCAUUUACAGCGCCAGUUGACCCCCUAUGCAGAGGACAUGCAAAAUAACCUGAACAGAUAUAUUGAGAACAUGGAUUUCCAAAUGAGAAAAAGAGUAGACCAGAUGGAAGCCAGGAUGAUGGAACUCAUGACAGAUCUGAAGAAGCAGCUAAACCCCUACGCCGAUGAACUGCGGAAUAAACUCAAUGGGAAUGUGAAGGAUGUCACACAGGUUUUGGAGCCUUACCUGGCCAAAAUGAGUGAAAACAUGGACCAGAAAAUCUCAGAGUUUAAGAACAUGAUGACGCCAUAUGGAGAAGAACUUAAUAAGGCCCUUCUGCAGAGGGUGGAAGAUAUGAACCAGAAACUUGGGCACUACACAGUGAGUGUGAAGGAUCAACUAGAGUACCUGGAGAAAGAUGUCCGGGACAAGAUCAAUGAAUUGGUGAACAAAGAUGUUCCCACAGAAGAGUAAAUCACAUGUUGCUGAAAUAUGAUCACAAUUUAUAAUGUAUUCUUCCUCUGAUAUCUAGAAUGUCACCGAAAGGACCAACUGACAUUUCUAAAAGAUUCAGAGAUAACAUAUACAGUAUUAUUAAGAGGUAUGAAUUGUAAACAUUUUCACAGAACACAAAGAGUGAAAA